UGUAAUCGAUAUAUCGAUGGCAUAUCAACAUCUCUAUUUUAAUUGAUGCCAUAGAAUACAAAGUAUUAUUUAUGAUUAAAUGAGCAAUUCAUUGCUGUGUCGCAUCAACUAAAUGUUAUCCGCAUUGUCCACAUUUCUGCCGCCGCUGCUACUGUUGCUGCUUUGGACGCCUCUAACGCCAACGGCGCAUGGUCACCAGCCCGAUGAGCAAUUCCAUGAAGAGCUAGUGGUGCGUCCGCUUGCCGGCGACCAUGUAAACACAUACUUUCAGUUCACCACGCGAUGGCAUUACGGCGAUCGUAACAAUCUCUAUCACACACAGCUAACGCCUCGCGUCAUUGCCGAAAUCCUACAGACCUACGAUGUCAAGGAGCUGCACAUUAGCCUCACUCAAGGUCUGUGGCGCUACGAGAGCUGGGGUUAUCCCAUUGUGGAUGCCACCGGUGGUGCUGAGUUGUGGGCGUGGUUCAGUGCCAACAAUUUGACCAACGAUGCGGUGAACAAACAAUGGAUGCAAUUGGCCAAUGUGUUCUCCGGCGUAUUGUGCUCCUCGCUGAAUUUUGUGGACAACACCAAUAGCAUUGCACCACGUCACAUCUUUCGGCCGCAGUUCAUGCACCACGCCGGAGAGCAUGGCAAGCAGUUCGUUCGCUAUGCGACAUUGCCACGGGAAAUUGUUUGCACCGAGAAUCUGACGCCAUGGAAGAAACUGUUGCCCUGCGGCAGUGCAUCCGGUUUGGCCACAUUGCUCAACUCGGGCUUUGUGCACAAUACCAAAUAUCAUUCAUUGGGCGUCAAAGUGCGCACACUAUGCGAUCACGAUGAUGACAACAACUGUAUUGUGGAGCUCACCCAAACGGCAAAUCUGGUUUACGAUCUCAAAUUGCUGGAGCAGAGCAACACGGACUUUUCGUUGCGCCGUCUCUUCGGCAUGGGACUGAAUGGUUACUGUGAGCUGGCCACCAGCAGUCGCAUCUAUGCGCAACGCAGCGAGCAAGGCGAACGCUUCCAGUUGGUGCCGCCGCCCGCAUUCAAUGUGAGCAGCAUACGCGGUGGACACCGGGUGUCGUAUGGUGUCUAUGACAUACAACAGCAAUUUGAGGCGGCAGCACCGGAUGCUACACGUCUCUUUAACAUUGCCUGGAUCAGUGAAAAGUCAACGGGAGGAGGACGUCGUCUGGCUGUUAGUGCAUUGAACUUGCCACCGCUUUAUGCGCAUCGCUAUCUGCUGGGGAAUGGACAGAAACGUGGACGUAUUGCCACCGAGAUACGCAACACACACUAUGAGGACUUGCCAGUGGUGUUGCUCGAGCUGGUGCCUUGGUAUGUGCACGCCUAUUUGCACACGUUGCGUAUACGCAACAAGGCGCAACAACGUCGCGAGUACGCCACGGAUGUGAAUGAUGAGUUGCCAUUUAAGCUGUUGCACUAUGCGCCUGGGAAACAACGUGAAUUGCCCACACAUCUGGAGAUUGGUUUUGUGCUGCCGGCGAAGAGCAGCGCGCUGAUUACCAUCGAGGUGGACUAUUUGCUGCUCAAGUGGCUCGAGUAUCCGCCGGAUGCGAAUCACGGGCAUUAUAUUGGUGCUGCUGUUAUAAGCACACAGUUGCCCAUGGGCCGCAAUUAUAGCGCCUUGCCGCCGGAGGCACAUCUCUUCAAGGAUUCGUUUAAUGCGUCGCGACCAAGUUAUACGCUGACGCUGCGCACGGAGGCGUUGAUUGUGUCGCUGCCAACGCCCGAUUUUAGCAUGCCGUAUAAUGUGAUUUGUUUAGCGUGCACAGUGGUUGCAUUGGCCUUUGGGCCCAUUCACAGUGUGGCCACCAAAUUGAUGAUUGUCGAGCGACAGACGACGAUGCCGCGCAAUCUGUUGCGCAAGCUCAUACACAAGCUCAAGUCACGCUGGGGUAGCAAGAAGGAGGAGGCAACAUCAGUGCCGCAGACAGCAACAGACGAAAAACUGCAGCAGCAGCAGCAGCAUGAGGAGAAAGAAGCGGAACAGCAAGAGUCGGUCGUUUGUAAUGAGCAGGAGCAGGCGAACAUGUGAUAAACUGAGAUGGCAAGACUAGAGAUAGAAGAGCAUCGAUGCAUACUCGUAACCAGCGCCUACUCCUGUCGCUUUUUUGCUGAUGGGGUGGCUGCCGAUAAACAUAUUCCAAAGCACGACAGUCAUUUCGAUAACAAAACCAUAUAAUGGCGCUUGACAUGUUUCGAUAACACACAUUUGUUCAAUCAAAUAAAGCGCUUCAUGUCCAUAUAAAAUGUGUAUUACUUAAUUUAGUUACAAAGAUCACUUUAUAGAUGCAGUUAAUGUUAACUCUCACUUAACGUCUGGAAAGUAGGCAACACUUUCCAACAGGCGUCCACACACACUCCCAUACAUACAUAACACCGCGAUGUGUGCAAAUUGAGACAGGUCUUUGUUUUUAUUGAAUGCAUUUCGCUUUUUAUUAUUUUUUUUGUUUUGUUCAUUUUUAUACGUAAGUAUUUUUUAAAUAAUAAUAGUAUCUGUUUUGUUUUAGCUUUAGCACAAAUUGUUGCCAAAUGUCUAAAUGUAAAUGCUAUCGAUGACAAUGAGUGACGUAUAUCGGCAUAUCGAACAUCAUUUAAUCCUUUUUCGUUUCAUUCUUUUGCCAUUCUUCUUUUUCUCCGCUGCUUAUGAAUUACAAUUAGAUUAAAGUGCGUCCACAUACACACACACACUCGCACACAUACACACGUGCGUGUGCCUAUGUGAAAUAGUCGAGAGUUGAGUUGAGUUUUUUUGUUGUUGGUUUUGUUAUUGGAAUAUUUGAUCAUUAAAUACUACUUAUAUGUUUUGUGUUUUUAUUCUUAUGCUUGUUUGUGGUUGGAUGCUGCCAUGUGCUUGCUGUUUGUUGAAUGUAUGUAAAAA